AUGCAACGGGCAUUAUUUUCUACCUGUCGGCAGCUUCAGCAUGAGAACCCACUACUAACGACUGCUAAGGGCCUGCCUAGAUCUGGGACACCACCAACAUUUCAAAGCCGACGGGGGCUACCUCAGAAACGGAAAAUAAAGGAUGUUAACAAAGUCGUUGCUGUUUCAUCAGCCAAAGGAGGGGUUGGAAAAUCUACAAUUGCAGUAAACAUUGCGCUCUCCCUGGCAAGACGAGGAUUUCGAACUGGUAUCCUUGAUACAGACAUAUUUGGCCCAUCCAUACCUACUCUCUUAAACCUAUCUGGGGAGCCGCGCCUUGACGGGAAUAACUGCCUUAUUCCUCUGACCAAUUAUGGUCUGAAAUCGAUGUCUAUGGGAUACUUGCUCCCACCGCCACCUGAAGAUACUAGGCACUUGACUGACGACCCGAACUCGCCCCUUAUGGACACAACUCCCAUAUCCUGGAGAGGUCUCAUGGUCAGCAAGGCAAUGAACCAGCUUCUUCAUUCCGUAUCCUGGGGCCCUCUGGAUGUGCUCAUAUUGGACCUUCCCCCGGGGACAGGAGAUGUGCAGCUUACCAUCAACCAGGAGGUUGUGGUUGACGGUGCUGUCAUCGUGUCGACGCCUCAAGAUAUUGCGCUUCGUGAUGCCGUUCGAGGAUUCGGCUUAUUUGAAAAGAUGAACGUUCCUGUACUAGGGAUGAUACGGAACAUGGCUUAUUUUGCCUGUCCGCACUGUGGAAAACAAACGAAGAUAUUUUCUCGAUCGGGUAGCCACACCGCAAUUAAUGACGGGUACGAGCACAGCCACGGCGACAAUACCGGCGUAGUUGCAGCCUGUAACCGCCUUGGGAUCGAUUUUCUCGGAGAUAUUCCCCUUGAUGCUCGAGUGUGUGAAGAUGCGGAUAAAGGCAUGCCUACUGUCGUUGCAGAGGAGGGAGACGAUAGAAGUCCUCGCCGGAACGCAUUCUUGGACGUCUCCAAAAAAGUUGCAGAGAAAAUUGGGCUUCAAUGGUGA